CACUGUCAGUAGAAAUUGGCAUUCGAUUCGUCUCUCUCGGUGUAAUCUCGCAGAAUUUUCGCAAUUUAUCAGCGAUUUUUAAUUAAAUUUGUUACUAAAAUGGUUCUUGUUCAGUGAAACAUUAUGAUGAUGGAUGAUAACGAGUUUUUCAGGCAAACAAUUCAACAUUUGGCGCGGUCUUUGGCCAAUAUAGACCCUACACCAUGGGAAAAGUUGAACACCCUGUUCAUGCUAUGCCCGCAAGCAAGUUCAACGCUGCAGGUGACCGCACGCAGCCAGGAUGCAUGCAUUGCACUCGGGAUAUACUUCCUGCAGAGCGGCCUCCAGCACCAGGACAAGUUGCUUCCAUACUUCCUCAAAGUCCUCAAGUCGCUUGGCAAUGCUCAGUUUGAGGAGCCGUGGUGUAGAAGUCCUAAUGCUGAGCGCAUACCAAUGGCAGAAAAGUUCAGUUUCUGUCUCAACACACUGCUCUCAGACAUCGCGGCCAAACAGGCAUCUCUACGAGAGGAGAUCAUAUCCGCCCAAAUCGACCUUAUGGCGAGCCUCACAAAGACCAUUAUGGAGUGCCAAGAGAGCAAAGACUACUCCAACACUUCAAUAACCAAGCUCCAGCUAUGCAAGAGUACUAUUCCGGUACUCAUAGGCAUAGCUCGAUCUAUGGGCCGGUUUUCCACGGUCGAUCCGCCAUUACUGUGCAGGCUCUUUCCUCAGCCUCCGAGCCCAGUGAAGAAUAAGGAGCCAGAGCCUAACAUAGAGUACUCAACCCUGGAUAAAAGGAGGAAGUUCAACCAGUUCAGGCCGAUAAUCCCGAGGUCGUUAUCAGGGAAUUUGAACGCCAAUAAUGAGGUUAUGAAUGGGAGUGGCAGUGAUACUGUAGACAGUGGAAGUGGGACGGUCAAACGUGGGUCUCUACACAGUUACAACUCGGUCCCAUAUGAUCCUACCACGUAUUUCUUCACUAAAUUCGGGUCGAGUUUCAACCAGUUCCCGUACAUGAGAUUCCCAGAGUCCCCCGAGAAGCGGGUGAAUGUUCAGUUCUACGUGACAUACCUUCAGUCGAUCCUGUCGAUUGCUAAGAAGCUGCUCACGAAGGAUUUGCUGGCGUUUCUGGAUGAGGAGGCCGAGGAUAUCUUUGCGUCGGGGCAGGUUCAGGUGUUCCCAUACAAAUCGUUUUCAGAGACCCUUAAUCUAGUGAUGGUCACACUGUUGAGAGAAAUCCUGCAAAACCAGAAAGACCUGCCGGGACCUUUUACCAAAGAUGUACAGGAGUUUGUCAAGAACCUGUUCCUAAGUGGCCAGACAGAGCUGCAGAGUCGCCACCACGACGCGUCAGAGAGAGAGGACCGAGAGAGUAACUACGCCACCGUCAACAAGUUCAAGGUCAACGUGAUGGCCAACUCGGCCUGUGUCGACCUCCUUGUGUGGGCUAUUGGGGAUGAGACUGGAGCUGAUUCGCUGUGCGGGCGAUUAAAUGAGAAAAUUAACUCGAACCAUAAUCACAAACUGAUUCUAGUCCAUAUGCCAUUGCUGAUGGUUUGUCUUGAGGGUCUCGGCAAGUUAGCCCAGAAGUUCCCCUCGAUAGCCAACACCUCGAUACACUGUCUCCGAGACUUCCUCUGCACCCCCUCGCCGAUACUGUUCAAGUUACACCGACUGGAGCUGGACAAGAACGGCAAGGAACACAUUAUGAAGGUUACACUUCAAGGAAAGGAACUCCAAGGCCUAACCGAAAUGGGGGUUCCUGUAAAGUCGACGCCAUUCGAGAAGCUUCGAGACGCGGCCAUAGAGAACCUCUGCGUGGCUCUAGAGGCGGCUCUGAGCGUAGAGCCGCACUGUGUCGCGGCUCUAGUGGGCUCUGUCAGCAACAGGCUCUUCACGGCAGAGACUAGCGAUAGUGAGUCUUCGCUCAUCAGUACCAACAUCGUUAUAAUGCUGGGUCACGUAGCCGUCGCAUUGAAGGACACGCCCAAAACUACUGACACUAUUCUACAGUUCUUCCAACAACGCCUAUGCCGCUCCCCCUCAUCCCUGGACACGCUGAUAGUGGACCAGCUGGGCUGCAUGGCGCUGGCGAGUCCCUCUGGACCGGCUCACGACGAGAUCCUGCGCAUGUUCACCGUCAUCACCGUGGAGGCCGCCAGCGCCGCCUACCAUCAUACUGAUGAUACUAAACAGUACCGCCAUGUCUCUGGAGCCGUCCUCAACGCACUAGCAAACAUAGCAGCCAACGUGCGUGGUACCGGGGCUCGGCUGGAGCUGCUGACGCGCCUGCUGGAGCUGUUCGUGCAGCUCGGGCUGGGCGGCGAGCGGGCCACGGACCGAGAGCCUGCCCCGGUGUUGAAGGCGUCGGGCAGCGCGGGGAAUCUGGGGGUGCUGAUACCGGUUAUUGCUGUGCUAGUAAAGCGAUUGCCUCCAAUCAAGAACCCUAAGCCGAGGCUACACAAGCUGUUCAAGGACUUCUGGCUGUACUGCGUGGUUAUGGGAUUCACUGCCGCCGAUUCAGGACUCUGGCCCCAAGAGUGGUACACGGGAGUGAAAGAGAUAGCAGUCAAAUCUCCCUACCUUGUCUCGCAAACCUCUCUGCGUUCAGAAAUGCGCGAGUUACAAUACACUUCUGCUGUGCGAAACGAUUCGGUAUCUUUGACUGGACUUCAAGAUUUGAAGACGCAGAUUCUGAACUUACUGGAUCAUCCGCCAGAUGUCACUGUGCUCGUGAAUAAGCUCUCUUUCGCGCCGUGCAUGUAUUUGCAGAGCGUCUAUUGGCUGGAGACUUUGAGGGUGACGAACUCUCCCGAGCCGAGUCUGCAGCCGAUCAUCGAGUACCUGAGUGACACGGCGCUGCAGAAGGACAAGAGCGGCAUGUGGCUGUGUGUCGCCAGCGUCGGCGACAAAGUAUUCCAAAAGUUCCUGGACGUGAUGUCCGCUAAAACAAAAGACGUGUCCCGCGAGCGCGAACUAGAAGGCCAUGCUCAGUUCCUGCUGGUGAACUUCAACCACAUCCACAAGCAGAUCAGAAGGGCUGCUGACAAGUGGCUGGCGCGCCUCGUGGACCGCUUCCCGCACCUGCUGUGGAACUGUCAGGUGCUCUGGUCGAUGCUGGACAUCCUUCAAGUCCUGAGCUUCAGCCUGGAGCUGGACGCCAACCAGGAGACACCGCUGCUGAAGGUGCCCGGGACAGACUUCACCAUGCAACUGCAAGAUACACUGGAGGGGAGAGAGAGCAUAGUGAAAGACUUCGCGGACCGCUGCCACGGCAUCGUGCAGGAGGCCAUGAAGUGGGCGCCGCAGUCCACCAGGUCGCAUCUGCAGGAGUAUCUCAAUCAGGUACCCAACUCGACUCUCUGGCACCACUGCGGCCUGGCCCUAGCCACGGGGGCGCUUCUUGGUGCUGCCGGCUUGAACAGACUCUCGGCCCCACUACCCAGGUCAGCCCUAGACAAGCGGCCGCCGUGCGUGACGCAAGACUCCGCCGCUCUGUUGGCGGUCGUGAGCCAACGCAGCCGGUACGCCGGGGAGGUGGCAGGCGCAGUAUCAGCGGAAGGCGGCGGCGAAGCGGCCCUAUGGCGGGUCGGGGCCCGUCACUUACAAGCGUUACGAGACGCGGCGAGCACCGGCAGCGAGACCGCGCACCGCGCCGCCCUCUGGCGGGCGACGGCGCUACUGGUUCACGCGAGGCAACACCAUGCACACGCGCUGGCGAGGCGGACGCUGCACGCUCUAGCAUGGUCCCAAGUAGAAGUCUUCACCGAAGACGCCAUGACCACAGCGGUCGAGUGCUGGCAGUGGCUGACCACGGCCCGUCCAGACCUGGAGCUGAGACUGCUGCAGGAGAUCUUCGCGGCCUGGCAGUGUACUGUGGAUAGGAAGAUGGGGCUGUUUGCGGUUAAGGAACCGGAUACGAACCCGUUGGCUGUUGAUGAAGACGUGAAACUCGAACCGGCGCCCCCGUUCGUGGCGCCUCACGCGGUGUGGGUGCGCUACCUGUGCGAGGUGGCCGAGACCGCCAAGUACAACAGCCAGGAGAAGGUGGAGAUGCUGGCCAUGCUGCUGCACAGAUGCCUGCCAAUAACAGUGGGUGAUAAAAGGGACCACAUAAACAGACAUGUGGAUGCCGUUGGUGUUAGAUUUCGGCUUCUCUCAUGCGGCCUGUCGUUACUCCAAGGCGAUAUCCUACCACGGUCUCUGGCUAGAAAUAUCCUCAGGGAGAGGGUCUACAGUGCGUGUUUAGACUACUUCUGCAGAGGACUGCAGUGCCCUUCUAGGACCUCUGGUGUAUUGAGAGAAGAUAUUAUAUCGCUCAUCAAAUUCUGGCAGCUGAUGCACUCUGACAAGAAAUAUCUGAAAACCAGCGACGUUGGUGCGGAGUUCGACCUAAUGCCUCCGAGUAGCAGACAGAGCGUGUACACAUCCAUGUCGCCCACAGACAACAGGUCCUCUGUGAACAGCAGCGAUAUCGGCAGCAGACACACCACUGGGUGGAUUAAUACGGUGCCCCUAUCAACGACAACGCUAGGCAGCGGCGCGGGCUCGAUAGCGGGCAAGCGCUCCAACAGAAGCGUGAAGCCGACGAGCAAGCCGCAAGACACCUUCGUCAAGGAAUACGUGAGGAAACGGAACCUCAUAUUGGAGUUAAUGGCAGUGGAGAUCGAGUUCCUAGUAACCUGGCACAACCCGCACGCUCGUCCCGAGCACUUAGUCCCUGGCGAGGACAACAUCGCCACGUGGCGAGGCAAGCCCAGCACGGAGCGGGCGUGGCGCGACCACACCAAGCUGGCCUGGGACAUCAGCCCCGUGCUGGCUGUUUUUCUGCCUGAGAGGUUGAAGAACGAAGGCAUAGUGUCGGAGAUCAAGAGGAAAGUGCAAGAGAACCCCACGGCAGUCAGCCACGUGCCGCAAGCACUGAAGUACCUGGUCACCACUGAGACGUUGCUGAAUGAUGCUCCGGAGCUAGUCCACAUCCUGACCUGGGCACGCGUGACCCCUGUAGAAGCCCUCAGCUUCUUCAGCCGUCAGUUCCCGCCGCACCCGCUGACGGCGCAGGCGGCCGUGUCGACGCUCGCGUCGUACAACUGUGGCUGCGUGCUGCCGUAUAUACCGCAGCUGGUGCAGGCUACACGGCAUGACACGAUGGGCUACGUGUCGGAGCUGAUCAAGAAGCUGGCGAACAAGUCUCAAGUCAUCGCGCACCAGCUCAUCUGGAGCAUGCACACCAACAUGUACACAGACGAGGAGUGCCAGCACAAGGACCCUGUUCUCUACGACAUCUUAGACGGCUUAUCCAAGAACAUUAUCGAGUCACUGUCCGGGCCAGCCAAGUCGUUCUACGAGAGAGAGUUCGACUUCUUCGGACAAAUCACGAACAUAUCCGGAAUCAUCCGACCUUACCCGAAGGGCGCUGAGAGGAAACAGGCUUGUUUGGAUGCUUUGAAGAAUAUAAAGGUCCAACCGGGCUGUUAUUUACCUUCAAAUCCAGAGGCGAUGGUCAUAGACAUCGACUAUAAGAGUGGCACGCCCAUGCAGAGUGCAGCGAAGGCUCCAUACCUGGCUCGGUUCAGGGUGCGCAAGUAUGGUAUCGCAGAGAUGGAGUCCCUUGCUAUGGCCAUAGCGGCUGGGGAAGACCCGCCUGUCGAGGAAGGCAAAGACCGCUUCACAGGCCUCGGCCAAGAGCAGUGGCAAGCCGCCAUCUUUAAAGUAGGCGAUGACGUCAGACAGGACAUGUUGGCGCUGCAAGUGAUAUCGCUCUUCAAGAACAUAUUCCAACAAGUCGGGCUGGACUUGUAUCUGUUCCCGUAUAGGGUUGUUGCUACUGGGCCUGGGUGCGGCGUGAUAGAGUGCGUGCCGAACGCCAAGUCGCGCGACCAGCUCGGCCGCCAGACCGACAUCGGCAUGUACGAGUACUUCCUCAAGAAGUACGGCGACGAGACCACACGGGAGUUCCAGGCGGCGCGCCGCUGCUUCGUGACAUCGAUGGCGGCGUACAGCGUGGUGGGCUUCCUGCUGCAGAUCAAGGACCGCCACAACGGGAACAUCAUGCUGGAUACUGACGGACACAUCAUACAUAUUGACUUCGGCUUCAUGUUCGAGUCCUCCCCCGGCGGGAACCUGGGCUUCGAGCCGGACAUCAAGCUGACGGACGAGAUGGUGAUGGUGAUGGGCGGCAAGAUGGAAGCGCCGCCCUUCCGCUGGUUCUGCGAGCUGUGCGUGCAGGCCUUCCUCGCCGUCAGGCCAUACCAAGAAGCGAUAAUAUCAAUGGUCUCGCUAAUGCUAGACACGGGGCUGCCCUGCUUCAGAGGUCAGACGAUCAGACUGCUGCGGUCGCGAUUCGCGCCAAAUUCAACGGAAAAGGAGGCCGCAGCUUACAUGCUGGCCGUCAUAAGGAACUCCUUCCUCAACUUCAGGACUAGAACUUACGACAUGAUCCAGUAUUAUCAAAACCAGAUCCCGUAUUAAAAAGUUUGCUGUCGCUUCCGGUUGCGUUCCAAAUUUGAUUUUGUGGUUUUUAAAGAUGCGUUCAAAAUUAUUUUUUUAUUGAGAUGAAUCGAAAAAAAUAUUUUAACUUUCACAUCAUGAGAUUAUGAUUGUAUUAUGUGUGUAUUUCAAGUACUUAUUGUAAAUUGUAAUAUUAUUGUGUUCUAUUCGAUUCCAGUGUAUCGUACACCACACGCAUACCAGGUAAAACAUUUAUGCGUACCUAUUGUAGGUAUUCAAAUACCUAAUGUGAUGGUCAAAGUUUUAGAUCAUUUCAAAGAGGCUGGGUUAUUUUAAGCUGAAUCGUUUCAUGACAUGAUUUUAUGUGGUACGUUUAUUAAAUCUUAACCCCUUUAUUCAUAAAAAAAAGUUAGUGGACGCUUUAGCUAUUGAACUGUUCUGCCAUUCUCUGUUUUUUUUUAUGAAUAAGGGGGUAAAACGUUAAGGAGAUAGUCAGAUAGCCUCUGAAAAAUUUAAAAAGUUUUUUUUGAAAAAUAUUAAUGUUUAUAAGUAGAAACUUUGUAUUCAAUUGUAUUCAUGGACAAAGAUAGUCGUACGUUAGUAUGUUGAAGUUAGAAAUCAAUGUGAAGUUAUAUGAAAUAUCUUUCUACAUACAAUUUUGAAUGAACUACUAUUUAUUGUGAAUGCAAAAAUAUACUAUGCACUGUUGUUAUUCUCAUGCAAAAUAUAUGGUACAUAUUGCAAAGUAUUUUAGAAAAAUGUAAAUUUCCCUUCAAAAAUAUGAAAUUUAUCUAGCUUGUUUCUUAGGACAUUGUGUAGGAAUAGGGGUUGGUAUAGGUGGUAGUAAUCUAUUUUU